AUGGAGCCAGCACCUCAAAGAGGCAUGAACGGAAGCGGAACAUUUCAACGUAGGAGAACAAGGGGGAUGAACAGUCGCGAGAUCUUCUCGAACAUCAGCUCUCCCAUCAUCAAAGCCAGGCUGCUGGCCGGUAGAAGGAUUGCCAUCAAGUACAGAAAGUCUCACAUCAAAGCACUCCAAAAAAGAGAAUUUGAUAAAUUACGCAAUUUAGUUCCCUGGCUGAAGAAAAAUAAUCCUUGUGAAGAGUGCAGAUGCCUCAACUUCCAGACAAACACUAGACAUAACAACAACAACAUUAACAACAACGAAAUUAACGACAAGGACAACAAUAACGACAGUUCUGAAUGUAGUUGUUAUAAAAAAAAUUAUGAAUUUGGAAAAACGCAGAAAAAAAUUACAAGGAAACAACAACAAAGUACUCAAGAGCAUCAACAUGAGUUUGAAGGAGCACAACUUGCAAAUGCUUGCCAUCACGGGGCACAUCCUGACGAGAAUGUUCAGCAAACAUUUGCAACUUCCUCUCCACAAACAAAUCUUAAAAUACAAAUAAGUAGAAACGAAGCUGGUGAACUGGCAAAAAUGCUAUUCCUAACGACGCAAAGACACAACCAUCUCGCAGAAAAUUCGACAGAAUUAGAUGAGACGUUGAAAGAAAAAUAUUCAUUGUCCUUGUCUCUUUCAUCGUUCCCAGCACCAUCGUUAUUACAUUCAUCACCAACGUCGUUAUUGCUACCUUUGCCAUCAUCGACGUCAUCUCUGACGUCACUUCCUCUCUGUUUACAUAACAAUGACAAUCCAGCGCUUUCAGAUUCAUCUUCAUUUUCGUCACCAUCGCCAUUAUUGCGUACAUCACCAACAUCAUCAUCGUGCUCAUCACCAUUUCUCUCAUCGCCUCCACUAGUUUGCAUAAACGACCGACAAGUACCCUCCUACAUCAUCCAAUCCAACAUACUCAGCGAUCUGAAGAACAGUUACAAUUUAUGCGUGAAAUUCAAAUGA